AUGCUCUCCCUUUCGACGGCCCGAAUCUCCUGGGUCGCCAUCGCCACUACGCCAGUCAACACCGUCAGCAUCACCGACCAAAGCAGGCCAACUAAACGGCUCUUCGAGAUUCGCCGCGUCGACUCCGACAGGAACCACAGAAAGUCUUACACCGAGAGGACAGGCGCCCUCACAGCAGUCAUCACCGGAGAUGUGCGCACUUUGAGGGAAGGCUUCCAGAUUCUGGACCGAGACAGUGACGGCGCCGUGAACAGGGAGGACGUCGCCGAUAUGUUGAACCAGCUUGGCCUCCCGUCGAGCGCGACAGACGUGUCCCGCUUCUUUCCCCCUUCCGGUCCACAGACCAUCACGCUUGCAACUUUCCUCAACAACGUGGCUAGCAGCCUUGCACCCCUUUCUCCCAGCGCCGAGCUUGUCUCAGCGUUUUCCGCCUUCGACGAUGAUGACAGCGGCCAGAUAGACCUGGCAGAGCUCCGCGACGCGCUGCUACAUACCGCACCGGAGGCAGGAGAAAGGCCACUGACGGCCGCGGAAGUCGACCAGGUCCUGAGCGGGUUCUCUGGAAAGAGAGCGUUCGGCGGCAAGGUGAAAGGUGGAGGGGCAGGAGGCUUUGGGAAGAGGGGAGAAGUAUUCCGGUACCAGGACUUUGUAAACUCCAUCGCCAGUGGAGGACAUGGGAAUGCUGGAGCGGCUGAGGAAGAGGAGGCCCAGGAGUGA